CUGAGCCCUGUUUAUUAUUAGCAGACACGAGACGUCUUUGUUACAUUUGAUCCACUAUCGCUAAUGUUCACGAAUCCUGCCAGCCUUUUAUGCUGAGCCUCAAGGACAAUUUGCUAGUCACUAGGUGGUUCUCUUGUCUUCCCUCUCUCCCUCUUUUUGCAACCUUUUCUCUCUCCUCAAGCUUUGUACCAUUUUUGCCCGACUGUAUUUUGUUUGUUUUUCCUGUUUUCUUCACUCUCCUGCACAAUAGAUUCCAUUCGUUGAAAGCCGAUCUGCUCGUUAUCUGAUGUCUAUCGCUCGUUAUCAGUAUUCCCGACAUCAUUGACCGAGCAGUGGUGAACGCCUGGCAAAUUAUCUACCUGCGGGACAUAAAAGAUUGCGCAU